GGUUGGCUGGCUAAUGGAGCAGUCGAUGGAAAAAGCCCAGUUAUGCGCUUCGAUUUUGUUACAGCUUGUGGUUUUGUAAUUGAUAUGGAAGUGACGUUUCAAAUAUUUCUCAAGCAUGCUUUCUGAAAUUUUUCUUCUGUCCAAUCACACCACUGUUCUUGCAGCCAAAUCAUAUAGAUUUGAUUGUGAAGGAACAUCAAAAGAUGUGUUCAUUCAGAAACUGCGUGACGUUAAAUCCAGUCAGCUUCCUCCUCACUUUAGAGAGAACGGGACUACAUAUUAUUAUGUGAAGCGAAAUGGUGUGUACUUCGUAGCCACUUCUCAGGCAGAUGUUUCUCCAGUCUUUGUCAUUGAGAUCCUAACCAGAAUUUAUCAGACUUGCAAAGACUUUUGUGGCGUUGUCAAUGAAGAAUCUGUACGGAUGAAUAGUCUCCUUGUUUUUGAAGUACUGGAUGAAAUAUUAGAUUAUGGCUAUGUUCAAUUGGCUACAACAGAAAAGUUACGACCUUACAUUCAGUCUGACCCAGUUAUCAUCAAAUCUACUAGAGAACCAACCAGUGAUCUUGGGUCACGAAUGUUUGGUAUAGAGACAAAAGUAGCAUCAGGAUCGGCAUCCAGCAAACCAUUGGUAUCUUCCUCUGUUGACCAGGAACACAAGAAGAAUGAAAUCUUUGUUGAUGUGAUUGAGAGAUUAAUAGCUGUAAUCAACAGUGAUGGCACAGUUUCUCGUCUUGAGGCCAACGGUAGCAUAAACAUGAAGAAUUUCCUUUCUGACAGCCCAGAAAUAAAAAUCGGCCUGAAUGAGGACCUUGCCAUUAAGGCAGGGGCUCUCAAAGCCUAUGGUGACCAAGUACAACUGGACCACUGUUCUUUUCACCAGAAAGUCAAACUUGACGAGUUUGAGAAAUCUAGGGUGUUGAAGAUACAACCAUCUGUUGGGGAGCUUUCCUUGAUGACCUACAGUGUGUCUGGGGAAGGUGCUCUCAGUCCACCGUUCAGAAUUCUUCCAUUUGUGGACCACACAGAAAACAGCCGAGACAUGUCCUUGACUCUGCGAUUGAAGAGUGAAUCUCCAGUAAAUACACAGGCAGUGAACAUUUGUGUGCGGAUCCCAGUACCUCACAACACUACCAGUGUUUCACAACACCUAGAUGGCCCAGGACAGAUGGCAGAGUUGAGACAAAAGGAAGAUGACAAGAAAAUUGUAUGGAAAAUAAAGAAACUUCCAGGGCAGACUGAAGUAACGGCUCGAUUUAGGGUGAUCAAUCAAGGCAAUGGCAAAUUGAACAAACAAGAAUUAGGGCCAAUGGUUGUGGAGUUUGAGAUAUCAAAGUAUACAUGUUCUGGGCUGCGAGUUAGAUUCCUACACAUUCCUGUACAGGACCCUACCAACACUCCUCAUCGCUGGGUCAGAUCUAUGACUGUCAGUGACUCCUACCUUGUCAAAAUUUGAAAUUAAAAUAUUAUUCUAUUGUUACACAUCAUUUCAGAAAGUAUUUAAGUAAGUCAUUGUGCUGGACUAAUUCAUACUUUAAUUGUUUCAAAUGUUGUUAGUCAGGCUAAUUUCAUUCUGAGUUAAGUUGGCUAAUGGUAAAUUGGCUAGAUUUAAUACCUAUUUCAAAUAGAACAGGGUAAAUCUAGACAUAAAACCAAAGGUUGUAUGCUAUAUGGACAGGGUUUUGCUGUUAUGUGCAAUAUUUUAAACCAGCUUAACAUAUGAAGAGAAACACUAGAAGUGAGGUGGUGUUAUUUGUGUAUAUGAUAUCCGUUUUAUGUAUCUGAAAUUUGCUUUUUGUAUCAGAUGUUUGCCUUCAUUUAACUUCUACUUUUUGGGGGCAUUAACAGGGAGGGCAAAUCUAAGAAGAGGUGAAAAUAUGUUAAAUUUAUAUACCUUUUCAUUUAACAGAGAGGGCAAGUUUGAGGAGAUGAGAAGUUGUUACACUAAUGCUUUGCAUAAUCUUUUUGUAUAAUCCUUAUCAGGCAAAAUGAAAAUGUUUAGUAACAAUUCUAUCACUUCAAGUUUGACUGAAUGAGACUGAAAAUCUGGUGUUAUUCCAUUUCUGAUGAUUAAAAUUUAAAGGUCAUUGUAGCUGUGAAUAAAUACAGCUUGAUUAUAUAAAGACACCUUGUUAGCUACAUAAUGUUGUAACAGUAUCACAUGCCCAUUGCUUUAAACCAGGAAAAAUCAUGCUGUUGAUCUAACAGUGAGGAUUUUUUCUUUAGAUAUUUUGAUUUCACAAUAAGGAAGUUCUCCCCAAAAUAACAUUAAGCUUACGUAUGGCUUGUGAAAUUUUUAUGAUUUUUUUUUUAAUGAGUAAUUAUUUAUUCACAUGAAAAGUUGAAUUUAAAUACUUUGUGUAUCCUUUGUGAAGCAUUUUUGGAACACCAUUGAGAUGUAUUUCAACUAGUCAAAUAAAAUUACUUGAAAAUUG